AGUUCAUAUGAACUAAUCAGCGAUUACAAGUCUGAAUCGAAGAAUUAUUUGAUUUCAUAAGCUGGUUAAUCUGCUUUCGAAACUAUUUGAAACGGAGGAGGGUUUUGCAAUUGUUAAAAACCGGUUUGUGCUCGCAAAUAGUCUUAUUUGUAAUUACAGCAUUGUCGCCGCAACAUGUACAAUCCUCAGGAGAAAAACAUUGAUUUAGUAAGGGAAUAUAUUCCCAGUUACAACACAGUGAGAUUUCAGGAUCAGCCCGAUCCCAGGAUCGCUAUACUUGAUAAUUUCGAUCAGUUGACAAAGCAACAUUCCAAAGAUCUCAUUACUAAAUAUGGGAUCAAAGUUCAUAAUUUGCGCUAUGGCGGUUCAGAUGAUCUGCAGGUGGUCGAUGUAUUUUUUAACGAAAGUGUCUCGGAACCAUCGCCGCUCUUUGUCUAUGUUCAUGGCGGCUACUGGCAAAUGUUGGAUAAAUCGGGAUCCUGUUCGAUGGUGGCGCCACUGGUUCGUCAGGGCUAUCGCGUUGCCGUUAUGGACUACAAUAAAUGUCCAACGGUAACACUUCCACAACUGCUUGAGCAGUUCACCGAAUUUCUGCUUUGGACCUUUGAUUAUGCGGAGCGAACGCAAACUACGCAGAUCCACUUUGCCGGCCAUUCAGCUGGUGCACACCUCCUGUCGCAAUUGCUCCAUGUGCCUGCCUUGAUUUCGGAGGAGCGACGUAGAAAAGUGGGCGCCCUAUUUUUCAUGUGCGGUGUUUACGAUCUGCGUGAACUGUGGCAACUGGAAGAAGUUAACCCCAACAAUAUUUUUGGCUUAAAUGCUGAAACGGUCAAGGAAGUGUCGCCCAUGUUUUGGCCCUGGCAGGCGGAUAGCUCAUCCUGGUCGAAUGUGCAGUUGCACGUGAUAGUAGCGGGGCAUGAAAGUGUUACGUUUAUUGAGCAAAGUCGUAUUUUUGCCCGUAAAUUGCAAGAGGGCGGAUUUAACGCUACAUUCAAACUGUUCGAUAGCUACGAUCAUUUCGAUAUUUUCGAAGAAACUGUCAUCGAUAACUCACCCAUUACUAAAUACCUGUUAGAUGGACUCAAAAAAGCUCACUAAUAGAGUUUGAAUAUUUGAAAUUGUAAUUGUAAAUAAGAUUAUACUUUGAUACCGAAAGCAAUAGAGUACAUUGAUUUUAAAUCCAUCCAUUCGUCUCCGCCGGAGACUUGAUUUGAAUUUUGGAAUAUAAAAUUGGGUUUUGGGUCACGCCAAUUCAACCGAAAACAUUUGCCAUCAUUUUAAAAGAUUUUCAAAUUUCUUGGUAUCAGAGUAAAACGCAGUCGGAUAUGUCCGACUACAGCGUUAUUUUCGAAAUGAAAAAAAAAAAAAUUUUAAUAAUUUGAUUAAAAUAAUGAAAGUAAAUUUUAAAUAUAAUCAAAAAAGGUAUAGGUUUUUAUCUAACUUUUAAACGUUAAUUAUCGAAAUUGUAAAAUACAAGAUACAAAAUGUCAAAAAGUAGAUGUUAUGUCUUAAUUUUAAAACUCCAAAUUGUGCAAUUUGAUAUAAAAAUAAAGCUAUUUAAUCAAUAAACAAAA